AACUUGGGAUAUGCAAAUGAACCCAUGAAGAUGAUUGAUUUAAUGCAAGAAAAAGAUUUGAUACGAUUUGGAAUGGAAGAAAAUGAAAUCAUUAUUCCACCUACGGUGUGUACUCCUGAUGUGCACUGCAAUUCUAGUAUAUUUCGGUGCACUUUAUGGUCGAUUCCACAAACCCAAGAAUUACUCCAGCGGAGCCGAUUGCCAUUUGGGCUAAGUUUACAACCACUGCGGGAUAUGAGGAAUUUAAACGUUGUUCAAACUUGUACUAUUGUCCGAUGUCAUUAUUGUCGUACAUACAUAAAUCCUUAUGUAUAUCUGCCAGAUUCUCGACAUUGGAAAUGUAAUAUAUGCUUUCGUGUUAAUGAUUUACCCGAUGAUUUCAAUUGGGAUCCUGCAACUAAAUCUAUUGGUGAGCCGACAAGAAGGCCAGAACUUAGAUACGCUUCCAUCGAAUUUAUAGCACCAUCUGAGUACAUGUUGCGACCACCUCAACCAGCUGUAUACGUUUUUAUACUCGAUGUAUGUUACAACGCUGUUGAAUCUGGGUAUCUUUAUACGUUUACGGAACAACUGUUGCUAGCACUUGAUUAUAUUCCGGGUGAUGAUCGAACAAUGAUUGGAUUCAUUUGCGUUGAUUCAUUACUUCAUUUUUUUCAAUUUAGGGAUGGAAAAUUUCCACGGCAAUUAAUUAAGAAAAUUGGUGGUCGUGUAACAGUUCUGCAAACAGUUUUACCUUCCAUUGGUCCUGGGUCAUUAGUAAGUCGUGAAGAUCCAAACCAAAGAGAUGUUAAAAACCUUUGUCCUGCCACUGAUUUUUAUAAAGUAUUUGCUCUUGAAUGUACGGGUUAUCAAAUAGCUAUUGAUUUGUUUUUGCUCAACGCGCAUUAUUCAGAUUUAUCUACUCUUGCGGAAAUGGCCAAAUUUAGUAGUGGAUGUAUAUAUCAUUAUCCAAAUUUUCACAUGGUUCGCGAACAAAUACAAGUAAAACGUUUUCAAAAACAUCUUCAUCGUUAUCUAACCCGUAAAAUUGGAUUUGAAGCUGUCUUAAGGAUACGUUGUACUAAAGGAUUAUCUCUACAUACCUUCUAUGGCAACUUCUUUGUUCGUUCAACAGAUUUGCUUGCCAUGGCUAAUGUGAAUCCGGAUUCUGCAAUAAGCGCCCAAGUACAAAUGGAGGAGAACUUAAUUGGAUUUAACACCGCCUGUUUUCAGGCGGCAUUACUUUAUACAUCUAGCAAAGGAGAUAGGCGUAUCAGGGUUCAUACUCUAUGUUUACCGAUCACUAAAGAUUUGUCAAUUGUGUAUAAUAAUUUCGAUGUGAAAUGUGCUGUAUCAUUGCUAACGAAAAUGGCUGUCGAACGUAUAAUGAACGGUGGUAAUCUAGUUGAUUCGAGAGAAGCUAUGAUUAAUGCUGUAGUGGACGCUUUAUGUGCUUAUAGCCGUGGAGUGGUGCGUGCUGAAAGAAGUAUGAAUCUAUUUUCUCCAGUUUCGUCAUUUCGAUUAUUUCCGCUUUAUGUUCUUGGCAUGUUAAAGCACAAUGCAUUCUUUCUGGGGUCCUCAAUCAAAUUGGAUAAUCGGGUUGCAGCUUUAUUGUUUUUCAACUCAGCUCCACUUGAAAUUAUUGUUUUGGAAUUAUUUCCAGCAUUGUAUCGAUUAGAUCAUUUUUUUCAGAGUGAUGAAGAUCCUCCUCGUCUGCAUUUGUCUUUCGAGCAUGUUAGCAACAGUGGAAUAUAUUUAUUGGAUUGUGGUUCAUAUAUCUUCAUAUAUGUGACCAGGAAUCUUCAUUUGACGGCAAUUCAGCAAUUAUUUUGCAGGGAGGAUGGCGAAAUGAAGGAUAUUUUUAUUCGGCGAUUAAUAGAAGAUCGAACACAAUCUUCACAUAGUUAUAUCGAAUUCUUGCAUCAUUUAAGAAAUGAAUAUCAAAAACUAUAA